AUGUGGUGGCGCCCCUGGCUGCCCGCCUGCCUGGCCUGGGGCUGCGUGGCCGCGCUGUGCGGUUCCCGCGGGUUCUGCCCGGCCCCGAACGCCUCCAGCCCCGAGCCGGGUCAGUGCCCGCGGCGCCGGGCGGCGGAGCUCUGCGCCUGGGCCCUGUCCUCCGACAGCCUCCUAGAUCCUUUUCCAGUUGAUGUGAUCAAAGAAAAUUAUGUCCGUAACGUGAGAAACUGCAUUUUUUCAGUUGUCUAUCCUACACCUUUUAAAUCUAGAGUUCAUCUUGUAGCUGUUUCAAAGGAAGUUAUUGAAAAUAUUUUGGAUCUUGAUAUAUCUGUCAAAGGAUCAUCUGAUUUUCUGGAGUUCAUCAGUGGUGGGAAAGUGAUAUUUGGGUCUGUUCCACUGGCCCAUAGGUAUGGGGGUCACCAGUUUGGUAUCUGGGCAGGUCAGCUGGGGGAUGGAAGAGCCCAUUUGAUUGGAGUAUAUACAAACAGGCAUGGUGAGAGGUGGGAACUGCAGUUAAAAGGGUCAGGAAAGACCCCAUACUCCAGGAAUGGUGAUGGGAGAGCUGUGCUUCGCUCUUCUGUUCGAGAGUUUUUAUGUAGUGAGGCCAUGCACUAUCUUGGAAUUCCUACAAGCAGAGCUGCUAGCUUAGUUGUAAGUGAUGAUGAUGUGUGGAGAGACCAGUUUUACAAUGGAAAUAUUAAGAAAGAAAGAGGUGCAAUAGUGCUACGACUUGCCAAAUCGUGGUUUCGUAUAGGAUCCUUGGAAAUCUUAGCUCACUCUGGGGAACUGGACUUACUAAGAAGAUUGCUAGACUUCAUCAUCCAGGAACAUUUUCCAUCAAUAGCUAUGAAUGAUUCAAAUAGAUAUCUGGAAUUUUUCUCUACUGUCGUGUCAGAGACUGCAAAUCUCAUUUCCUUGUGGAUGUCUGUGGGCUUUGCACAUGGUGUGUGCAAUACAGAUAACUUCAGUUUAUUGUCCAUAACAAUAGAUUAUGGUCCAUUUGGAUUUAUGGACUCCUAUGACCCAAAUUUUGUUCCAAACACAUCCGAUGAUGAAAGGAGGUAUAAAAUAGGAAAUCAGGCAAGUGUUGGGCUGUUUAAUCUGAGCAAGCUGUUACAAGCUCUAAAACCUGUAUUGGAUCCCAGGCAAAAGCAGCUAGCUUCCCAAAUUUUGGAGGGGUAUGGUGAGCACUAUCACAGUCGUUUCACAGAACUAUUCAAAACAAAAUUGGGUCUUCUUGGGGAGGAUGAGAAUGAUAGCUAUUUGAUUGCUUUCCUCUUAAAAAUUAUGGAAGAUACAAAGGCUGAUUUUACAAUGACAUUCCGAGAGCUGAGUGAAAUUACUGCAGACCAGUUAAAGGAGCUCCAUAUUCCUAAGGAGUUCUGGGCUCUCCAGGAUCUGGGUAAACACAAAUUAUUUUCAGAAUGGGUUACAAUGUACCUCCUGAGAUUACACAGUAACAAUGGUGACUCAGACGCCAAAAGAAGAAUAAGAAUGGCAACUGUUAAUCCUAGAUACAUACUUAGGAAUUGGAUGGCAGAAUCAGCAGUGCAAAAAGCUAAUUUGAAUGAUUUCUCAGAGGUUCAGCUCCUAGAGCAGGUUUUACAGCAGCCCUUUCAGAGGCAGGAGGCUGCAGAGAGAGCAGGGUACUCCCUGCGCCCCCCAGCCUGGGCCAGGCAUCUCAAAGUCAGCUGUUCAUCCUGAGGGAAAUUCAAGCAAGCAAGAAGAAUGAUCAAGGUCAAAGCUCAAGCCUUCAAACAGGGCUAAUGGAUCAAGCCACAGGAACUUCUCUCCCUUAGACUUUGUGGACUGGAAUCCGCUACUGUUCUUGACCAACUUAUGGAGUCUCAAGAUUAAAGAAGUGCAUCACUAUAUAUGGGUGCAUCAGCAGAUUAUACUGGCAUUGACAACUCUGCCUCUCACAUUCAAAUGUGCAUUACUUUGAGUCCCAAUAUUUAAGUUCUGCCAAACUGUAACAUUAAACCUCUCAAAAUUCAUGGCUGAUCAGGUGGGUUUUAAUAGCUUUUAGUGACUGAUCAAUUUAAAAUCCAUGUAAGCUAGUUUUAAUAAUGCAGUAUUUUGAUGAAUUUUCCUCUUGCUGUUACACACUUGUCAAAUAUAGCUGUGUUCUGCAGACAUAAAUGUUCUUAAAUCUUGGAUACCUGGCACAGAGGAUCAUCUCAGACCUUGACAGCUUUUCUCAUUCUGAUUAUGUUUUGUCCCAUUAAACUGACAAACGAUUUAAAGGAAAUUCAGUUAAAUAGUUAGCAAAGAUGUCUGUCCUGGGAGAGACAAAAGAUGUCUGUCUUACUCCAGAGUAAGUUUUGGUGUCUUUGCUGGUGUCAGGUACCUAUCCAGAGGACCACUGCUCUUUCAAAGUAUCUUUUAGUAGGAGUGGAAAGAUUAUUGGUGCAUAGAUAUGAAGUCUUAGGAAAAAUUAACUGUUUGGUCCUGGAAAAAGACUGUGUUGGAAGCAUCUCAGCUGAGACUGCUUCCAUUUCAGGUAUGGAGGAAGGUUAAAAAGGACAUGCUGCAAUUUCAGAUAUUUUCAGGCUAAAAUACUGUAAGGUCUAGUGAUGUACAGACCAUUUAGAAGGCAAUAGUUUGGUAGAGGUAGAAGGAUUAAUUUCUUUUUACAAAUGCUUUGAAUUACAGCAUUGGAACAUCUUUUUGGAUUUUACAGCAUAUUUUGGUACCAGAUCAAGACAGAUAAUUGUGUAUCAAUAAGAGGCGGCUUUGUUCUUUGAAUGGAGUUUAAAUCUUAUAUUUAAAAAAUUCCAUGUAACUAUGUACCUACAUAAAAUACUUGAUAGAGGUCUAUUCAUCACAGCAUUUUACUUGAUUUCUGGAGUUUUCUGUAGGCUUUGAUUUUUUUUUGUUUUGAAGAAAGUUCUUUUGUGUAAGAUUAAGUGCAUGAAUUAUGAUCGACUGCAGAUGUAAAAUGUAUUAAAAUUGAUUUUUUUGUGUUGUAACAAAAGAGAAGGGACGAAAUAGGGUGGGAGGCUGAGCGUUCUGGUGAGAAGAGUGAAUGCUAGAAAAGCCCUUGUAAAAGUCUCAGUGCUUUGUGACCUUACUGUGCAACAUUUUUCCAAGGACAUAUUCUGCUUUAUUUUGAUGCUGGAUGUAUAUUUCAUAAAAUUCAUUUGAUUUAAAAAUGGUUGACUCACAGACAGCUGUUGCCACCUAAGUAUGUCAAAUAUGUGCACUCCUAACACCUAGUCAGAAAAUGACACCUAGCUCUUCAAUGAUUCUGCGUAAUGCUUCCUUCUGUUGUAUAUGGAAAGCGAUUGGGAAACAGUAAUCCUUUCAUCACUUUAAUUUUUUUUUUUUAACUCCUAUUUUUAACCCUCUUACUUUUAGGUCAUUGGUAUUUUUCCCCUCCACUUUGAACUGAGGCUUGUAUGAGCCUUGCACUGGUCUCGAGGCAUUUCUCAGUUUGGCAGUUUGAAGGUGUAUAGAUACCUUUUGAAUGUCCCAGCAUGUCAAUUCAAGACUUCCAGGUGACACUUUUAUUAGUGGUGGGCAUAGUUCUCUUGGUGAGAGCUUUAUUCUCAGUUCAGCUGAAAGCAAGGGAGCUCAAAAACCAGUAAGAGCCGGAUGGACUCUCUCUGUGUCAGCUUAACAUGGUGUUUAAAGCAAAAUCAUUUCAGGAAGAAAUGCAUGGGGUUCCAAACACUGUUUUAAGCUUUAAAUAAAAUAAAACAAAAUAAA